ACAUAAUAAAAAAUGAACAAACAUCAGAAUUUUCUUGAAGUUGAUCGGAUGACCACGUAAUUUAUGUGAAGUUACCGACCAAUCAUGUGGCCCGAAGGAAGUGACGAAGAAACGACGUGUAACUUCAGUACUUGGUUGAUAUGGUAGGUCAGUCCACCGUACUAUAGAAAGUACGUAACAGGAUGAUGAUGGCACCAAGAAGUUAUUUUCACUUGUCCUAAGCAUAGACACGGACUGCUGCACAGCAUUCUGUGGAAUAACUACGAAGUAGUUCUCUGUGCAACAGCAACAUCAUUCGUUCACUUGUGCAACCACAUUUCGACGCAGCAUUGGUGCAGAUGCUGUCUUUGUCGGUGUCCUAAAUCAAGACACGUUUUACCGAAGASRAAAACAGACAUACAAUGACAACCAUAACGAAUGCUUUUACAUCUUUCCCCGACAUAAAUAGCAUUGAAUUGAACCACAUACCAAGCCACGAAGUGCAAUCAACUAUUUGUCAUCCUCACGUUCUAUCAUCAAGUACUGUUUCCACCAUGUUACCGGGCGACAACGGAAACGGGAAUGACCACGGAAAGGAUUCUGAUAGUGUUGGCAGCAGCAGCACUAUUGGUUGCUUCGAUCUCUUACCUCAGGUCGCUUUCUCUCCGAACCGAUUGGCAUCGAAAGUUGCCUCAACUUCCACCGUCCAAACCGGCAUGGAUUUAAAGACGAUCAGUGUUAGCCAACCAACUUCGCCCAUUUUCUCAACUCCGGUAGGGGGUAGCAAGGAUUCCUUCACACCUCCUCCUCCGAUGACCAAGAAUGUCCACUCCCUCGAUCGCGAAAUGCGCUCCAGGAAAAGAAGACGGAGAAACAUUAGCGGUUGCGWGGACGAUUACUCACUCCUCGACUGCCCCCAACUUAUCAYGUCUCUCAACAUUGAACGAAUCAGUCUCCCCCCCCUAUCAACCCUCGAGGAUUGCGUACACGUCGGCGAGGSCUGUCUUCCCGAUACAUCUUUUCUUGCCCGAAAGAAAUCAAAGAGGCUGCGGAGAGGCCUUGUCAUCUGAUGACGACGAAAUUUGGCUUCGUAGUACAAAAUCAAGCUAAUUUAUUUUUUGGCCACCAAGCAAAGAACCGCCAUUAAUUCAACCGCAUGCUACGGGAAGGGGUCAGCGUUGUGUCGUUUUGUUCAAUAUUGAAGGACAGGGUCUGGAUCUAAUUGAAUUCUCCGAGGUAUGGAACKCGAACGAACGCAUCAAUCCUUAUCAUUGAUCRCAAUACGCAACAGAGAAAACAAUUUGGCGUUUUCCGCAUGAUAAUCAAGAUUCAUUCGUUUCACCGUCCCAUCCAUUUGAAUCCCAACGAUCGCAAUCAAUCAAUCAAAAUAUAUGUACCAAAAAAUUGUAAAUACGUUCCAAUCCAUUGAUGAAUACUUGUCCGACUUUUCCAACCAAAAGGAAGAAAACUGUGUUGUUGUAAAUUUGUCCAACUGUAACUCCAUAAUCAACUGUCAGUAACUCAACUGUAAUUAAAAUCAUUUACAACGA